AUGCAUCAAAUUUCAAAUUCACAACUAUUUCGAACGGUGCCUGUAAGUGUAGAUGGUUACGUUUGUCAUGAAUGUGGACCUUCAGACAAAUGUGCAACCGACCCAGACAGAAAUGAAAAUUGUUAUAACUCUUACUGUGAAACUAUUGCAAAUGAAACUGGAAUUAGCCGAAAAUGCGGCUUCUGGCAUGAUAUAUAUGAUCGCGAAAUAGAUACAGACUAUCUCUACCGUUGUGUUGGUCCUGAUUUUUGCAAUGACAAAAAGUAUGAAAAAGAGCAUUGCUACAGCACCACAUAUGAUUCGGAUAAUUGGAAACCGCCGAGUGAACAAUCACGGAUAGCAUGUGCAUUUAAAACACUUCGAAAGAAAGGAUGCUACCACUUGGAAGAAUAUAAUACCGUCAAAAAGGGAUGUAUGACUGAUUUAAAUCAACAAAAUCAAACAAAAUGUGAACAAAGUAACGAUUGCGAAAUUUGUCACGGAAAAGAUUGUAAUUCGAAAGUGGUCCGUCAUCGCCUUUGUUAUCAUUGCACUGAUGCUUCUAAAACCAAUUGUGCCGAACCGACAGAAGUGCAUGAUACCGUGAAUAUUUCAAAUUUUUCGUAUUCAUGUUUAGUUGGAAUUGACCAAAAUGGGCUAACGCAUCGAUUGUGGAAAACAAAUAAGACGCAUGACAACAAUUUAUUUCCGAAUGGAUUCGAAACUUGCGAUCGUAAUUCCUGCAACAAUAUGGUCUACCCAAGUGGUCGUCUGAAGUGUUUUCAGUGUCAAGGAGAUUCUGAUUGCAAUGAUGUUGAACAGAAAUUGAAUCCGAAAGUGUGUAGGAUUUAUUCCAGCAAAGAUCAAUGCUACACUUAUUUCGCUGAAGGAAAACAUUUUCGUGGCUGUUGGAGCGAUCAAACCGAGAGUCAAAUGUCGUGUGAACAAAACGAAUCAAAGUGCAUAAAAUGUGAAGGAGACGGCUGUAAUACAGCAACGCAAGCGCCUACACAAGCACCUACCACACAAUUACCUACUACAGAAGUGCCCACCACGCAAGCACCGAGCACGGAAUUACCUACCACUCAAGAAUCUACCACAGAAGUUCCAACCACGCAAGCACCGAGCACGGAAUUACCAACCACAGAAGUACCUACUACGCAAGUACCUACAACACAAGCAACUACAAAACCACCAAUUAAACCACCAUCCACAAAACCCCCACCCAUCAAACCAUCCAGAGAAGAACUAAAAUGGAAAUUUUUCAUUUUUCUUGGAAUGUUAUUGUUAUUAUUAUCAGUAUUAUUGUAUUUUAUUUUACCAAGAAGACGAAAUUACAAUUAA